CCUAAUCGGCGUCAGCAGUAAUUGUGUGCCUUGCACUGCUUUACAGUGAGGGUGAGCUGAAAAGAUAUAUCAAUAUGAGAUAUCAAAUUGAGACCUAGAUGUUCCAUUUUAAGUGGCUGCUCAUUUCCUUGAGCCAUAAUAUGGGCUAAAGGUUAACUUACACAUUCUCUGUGGGAGAACAGCCUUUUGCUUUCUUUUUCUUUUAAGAUUAUUUGCUAAUCAGACUACAGUACAGUGGAGAUAAUAGAGAGAAUCUGUUGCCUAGAUAGUUGGCUUUAAUGAGCAACUAAACCCCUGGGAGCUGAAAUCAGAAAUAGAAUGAUGCUGUUUCCCCGUCUCUUGUCUUUUCUUCACUUGCUUCUUCUCAUCCCUGUUCCAAUGGGCCUAGUGAGCGGGAACUAUCCAAGGUCCUAGAAUGCUGGCUGCUUGGCUGCUGAAUACAGACAGAUUGCGGAAAGAGAGGAGCACCCGAUUACUGCUUGUAUCAGAAGAAUUCAUUCAAAUGAGGCACCUUAGCAAUCUCUGUGUUAUUGCAUAUGAUGGUGGUGUAAUCUUCUGCGUUGUAAAGUGGGUAAACAUCAUCCAGUUUCUUCUCAGCUGGACCUCAAAGCAGGGUGCUGUUUGUACCCUCCCAUUAUCUAUGUCCUCUGUUCUCUGAAUGUGGAUUUAAAGAAGCCAGCACCUGUCUUUUGCCACUGCAUUUUUAAAAGCCAAACUUGAAAGGCCAUUUUAAUGCUACAUUAAGAAGAUCUCUGACAUAACCCACUGACUUCUAGUGAUGCAGAAUUCUACAAUCUGGGCUUCUUUGCCAACAAGAUUGAAUGCACUUUAACUGAAGAAAAACUGAGCCUAAUUGCAAAUCUGUUUCUUAUGGUGCUGAAAUAUUCCUUCAGACUGCACUGAGAUAACCACAGGAAAGGGCUUUUACAGACAAAAGUCACCUUUGAUUAUUGCACUUAGCAGUCCCCGUGGACUUAAAUUUUGGAAGUGUUGCUUUCCUUUGUCCAUUAUCUCCUGCAAGAUGAUGAGUUCUAAUCAGGAGGAGGUCACGUUGGGCACUUUUCUCCAAUAUAUUGAAGAUAUGGGGAUGAAGGCCUAUGAUGGCUUGGUUAUACAGAAUGCAUCAGACAUUGCUCGAGAGAAUGAUCGCAUGAGGAAUGAAACAAACCUGGCUUACUUGAAAGAAAAGAAUGAAAAACGCCGAAAACAAGAAGAAGCAAUAAAACGCAUAGGUGGAGAAGUCGGAAGAGGAAAUGAAGGAAGCUAUGUGGGCAAACAUUUCCGCAUGGGAUUUAUGACAAUGCCUGCUCCUCAGGACAGACUGCCGCAUCCUUGCUCUAGUGGCUUUGCUGUGAGAUCCCAGUCUCUUCAUUCUGUUGGGGGUACCGAUGAUGAAAGCAGUAGCUGCUCUCGUAAACAACCUCCACCAAAACCUAAGCGAGAUCCCAACACCAAACUGAGCACCUCCUCUGAAACGGUCAACUCUGGAACAAGUAAGAGUGGGAAACUACCAGAGAGAACUGAAGCGUCGGCCAAACCAAGACCACACAGUGAUGAAUAUACCAAGAAGAUUCCUCCUCCUAAGCCUAAACGAAAUCCCAACACUCAGCUAAGCACAUCUUUUGAUGAAACAUACAUCAAAAAGCAUGGCCGCAUGAAGACAACACUCACUAGGGAUUCCUCUUUAUCGCAGGUCAGCAGUCCUGCCCCAGACACAGAGGAAGAAGAGCCUGUUUAUAUUGAAAUGGUUGGGAAUAUACUAAGAGACUUCAAAAAAGAUGAGGAUGACCAAAGUGAAGCAGUCUAUGAGGAGAUGAAAUACCCUAUAUUUGAUGAUGUAGGCCAAGAUUCAAAGUGUUCGUGUGAAUAUGACCAUCACAGUUGUUCUUCUCAGUGUGCUACUCCUACAGUGCCUGACCUCGAAUUCGCCAAGUCCUCAGUGCCAUCUACUCCCAAGGGCUUGCUUUGUGAUAUUCCCCCACCAUUUCCAAAUCUACUUUCUCAUAGACCUCCACUACUGGUGUUUCCACCAGCACCAGUGCAGUGUUCCCCAAAUUCUGAUGAGUCUCCUCUAACUCCAUUGGAAGUUGCAAAGCUUCCUGUACUAGAAAAUGUGUCUUACAUCAAACAACAAGCUGGAGCUUCUCCAUCUUCACUGCCACCUCAUACACCAGGCCAUCAAAAACUGGAGAAAGACCAGACAGCAUCCCAUGGAACUACCACUCCUGGGCACUCCUCCUCACCUCCUCAUCCUUCUACCUUAUACAGAACACAGUCUCCACAUGGCUACCCUAAAAGUCACUCUGCCUCACCCUCUCCUGUCAGUAUGGGUAGGUCUCUUACCCCCUUAAGCCUCAAAAGACCUCCACCUUAUGACUCUGUACAUUCAGGAAGUCUCUCAAGAAGUUCUCCAUCAGUGCCUCAUUCUACAGCCAGAACUACGUUGCAAGAAGGGGGAAAGAUGGUAAAUGCCUCAGUCAAUACCUACGGGUCAUCAUCACAGAGUGGUUCACGUUCUAGAACACCAACCAGUCCUUUAGAGGAGUUAACCAGCCUCUUUACCUCAGGACGAAGUUUACUGAGGAAGUCAUCCAGUGGCAGAAGAUCUAAAGAGCCUGCAGAAAAACCACUAGAUGAGGUGAAGAUCAGGAGCCACAGUACUGAACCCCUACCAAAGUUGGAAAACAAAGAGAGAGGAGGUCACCAUGGGGCAACUUCCUCCAGGGAGCCAAUAAAAGCUCAGGAAUGGGAUGGAACUCCAGGACCACCAGUUCUGUCCAGCAGGCUGGGAAGAUCCUCUGUUAGUCCAACGAUGUUGGCAGGAAACAACAGCUCAGAGCCUAAAGCAAGCUGCAGAUUAGGUCGAUCUGCAUCCACAUCAGGUGUGCCUCCUCCAUCAGUUACUCCUCUCAGGCAAGCCAGCGAUCUCCAACCGAGCCAGAGUCAGCCCCACUGCCCAUCCAAUAGGAGAGGGAAGAAAACCUCAAGGACCCGAAGAGAACAACCUCUUCCUCAGCCUAAUAACCUGUACAGUUACAGCAAAGUGACAUGUAUGCAGUGGUUGCAUGGGGACCAUACAAUGCUGGAAAUGAUUGAGAAAAAGCGUUGUUUGUGUAAAGAAAUAAAGGCUCGACAGAAAUCAGAGAAAGGACUUUGCAAACAGGACAGCAUGCCUAUUUUGCCAAGUUGGAAGAAGAAUGCUGGGACCAAGAAGUACAGUCCCCCUCCUUAUUCCAAACAACAAACUGUUUUCUGGGACACAGCGAUAUGAUGGGACUGUUGCUGAUGCAAUCACCACAAUGUUGCAAGAUGCACAAGUAGCCUCCUUUCUUAAUAAGGCAAUGCCUGUCACAUAAAACUUAAUCUGCAGGUGACGAACUACCAAGUGAAAAACAUACCAAUGUGGUGCUCACCUGUCAAUCUGAAGAAAAAUCUAAAAUUCCAGCUGAUUAAGGCAUGCAUAUUUAUUAAGGAUUUUUUUGGAUCCAGAAGAUAUUAAAAAUGUAAAUAUUUUGCCAAUCUAUUGAAAACACCUGAACUAAUACACUGUUUAAAAUAUAUAAUUAAAAAGUUUAUGAAGAAUUUUACUAUAUAAUAUAAUUACUGUUAUAUUGUUUUAUUAACUAUUUUAUAUGUGGUAUCCUAAUGCUCUUUUUGUUGUUGUCAUUUUUAAUUAUCUUCCCUGCCUAAAUUUGGCCUCUGUACAAAAGCAUGUGGUUGUACUUUUGUUUAACAAGUACAAUGUACAAAUCAACCUGGUGCUAGGGCUGUAAACGUUUACUAGAGUCAUGUUCAUUAGAGACAUCCGUUGCUUUUGUUCUUCUGGGAAAUAUUUUGGCAGGAAGUAAUACAAACUGUAAACAAUGCAAAUAAAAAUGCUUAAUUUGGAUGUCCAAAUUGCAUUAAAAAAGAGUUGUUCUGCAUCAGAUGUUUGAUAUAUUUACUGUUAGAAAUUGCCCUUCUUUUUAUGUCAAUCAAUUAUUUAAGUCUCCAAUGAUAGUUCCUAAGCUACAUUUGGCUAACCAAGUAAACAAAAUUUACUGCAGAAAGGUCUAAAAUAGACUCUCUUCCUUCUUUUAUUCAGCUGAAUAGAGGAGACCAUGGUUCACUGUGACUAAGAAUUGUACAUCGCAUGAUAAUGAGUUAACCCAUUGUUUAGCAAGAUAAACAGUGGCAAUGCACCCAUAAUUCCUGUUCACAUUUGUCUUUGGUCCAGAAAGUAAAGAUAACAAGAUCUGUUUACAUUAUUUUUUUAAGUAUACCACACGUCCCUAGUUGGCUCUAUAGCAAAUUGGAAAACAUUAUUUUAAAAGGCCUGACCCAAACUCCAUUGACAUCAGUGGGAAGAUGCCCAUUGGCUUCACUUGGCUUAGGAUCAGACCCAGAGAGCACUUUUCUCUGAAGUAAUCCAUUUCCUAUUCCUGACUGAUCACAUAAUUGGGUCAUAGUCCUCUGUGGCAUCACACCCACCCUAACAGAAGGCUAUGUCAUGACCAAAGAAUUAUGACCUCUUGGUUUUAACAGGAGAAAGAGAUGGCUAAUAUGAGGGUGAAAGCUGUGUAUUAAAAUAUCUUCCAAAAGAAAUGCUUUAGGGUGAACACUGUCCGUAUUGCCACAGAGUGAUAAAAUGAUGCUAUCACAUAUAUUUUGUAUAUUAAAAGUUCUAUCUAUGCUUCUGAAAUUUGACAGCAUGAAAAUUCUUCUUUCAUAGUCCUUUAAAAUUAUAUUCUCUGAGAAGAAAAGAUGUGUUUCUUGAACUUAUUGUCAUAUUGGCUUUUCCUUGAAAUUAUAUUGCGGCCAUGCCCUGAGCAUUGUUGCUGACCUUAAAAAACCAAAAAUAACCAAUUUUAGUAGGUUUUUUCGUAGUCUAUAUUGCUAACGUUUGAGUAAUGCUUUAUCAGUAGUAGUUUCUUUCCAGCCUCUGAAAUAAUAAUAAAGUUUUUAAAUAUUUUAUAACUAAUUAACUAAUGUAUAUUUUGAUGUCCAAAUUGAGGAUUCCUGUAUUAGAGAAACAAAGAAGUGUGUGUGUUUAUGUGUGUGUAUGUAUAUUAACAUUAUGAUAUAUGUGUAUAUGUAUAGGCGCAUAUAGGCACACAUACACACACACAUUUUAAAAAUAUAUAUGUCUACAUGUAAUGUAUAUGUAUAUGAAAUGUGUGUGUGUGUUGUUAGAUAUACGGUGGUUGGAAUGGGUGCAAAGUUCAUUUGAAAAUUUAAAGAAACCUUCACAAUGCAAGUGAUAGAAAACAUAAAAACUACAAAUUGUGAAGGAAUUUUUAAAUAAAUAUUUAACCCAACAGGCAUCAAUUGUAUAUUCUGCUUACUCUUAAAAAAAAAGAAAGAAAAGUGCAGAAUAAAAACUCAAGAGAUUUUUGCAAUAUUCCAGAAGCUGAUGGAAAGAGAAUGACUUGCUAGUCAUGCAGAAUGUGUUGAGAUAACAGGUUCAUUACUCUGAAAAUGUUUGUAAUAAUGAAAUGCAUCAUCUUCCUUGGUACAGGUAAUUAUGUGCCAAGAAAAGACUUUCAUAUAAGUGUGUGAUUUUUUUUUUAAUUUGGACCCUUUCACAGACUUCACUGAAUGCUUCUUGUAGAUGUUGGCCUCUUCCUCAAGCAAUUAGUCAUUUUAAAAAUUGCAAUAUUCACUUUGGAAACAUUCUCCAAGAGCAGUUGUUCAUCACUGACACUGAUGCCUCCAAAGGCAACCUCAUGGAAAACCUUUAAAAGAGGCACAAAUUACAAUUACUGUAUUCUUUUCAUAUUGAUGUGUUACAGGAACAAUUAUCAUGGUACUGAAGGAUUCUGGUUAUAAACAGAUUUGCUUGGCGAUUUAAACUACCACAAAAACCAUUUACUGCUUUGCUUAUAUAGUUCAUCUCCGUAACUAACAUCUCUUAAUUAGCUCAAAUGCUUGCAAACCACCAUUGUAUCCCAUUCAAACAAUAAUUUAUGCUUAUUAUUGUUGUUUGAUGUCACAUAAAAAUUAAAAUAUAACUUAGCACUUGUCUUCAAAGCACUUUAGAAAUGUGAAUUAAACUGCACACUUAUGUGAGGAAGGAUACAUUUUAUUUUACAGAAGGUCAGUCAUAGAUGUUGAGUGACUUGCCAAAGCUCAAUCAAAACCAGAGCUAAGACCUCUGUCUUGUGCUCUAACCAUUUGGCCACAUUAUCAUUUGGCAGCGUGCACAACCUGAAAGUAAAAGUUGCAUCUUCACUGUAGAGAUCAUACCAUCAAAAUGCUGUCUAAACAUUUUUUACAUCCCCUAUUGUCUCCGCAGUUUCUAUAUCACAGGGUGAAUAAUCAUGUUUAGCAACAUGGACUCAUUAACGUUGCAGUUAUAUAAAUAUGCAAUUUGUAUAUACAUACAGGUCACAUAUAUACACACACUUAUGAAGACUGUACAUAUGAAAUUGUUUGGUAUGCACUUACUUUGCUUUAAAUUCCUAAAGUUAAACAUUAUAGUGUAGCAAUUUGUGUAAAGUGCACUGUGAUUUCAAAAAAGCACAGUAAAGUCACAGGUCUUGUUAUUCUUGCACUAAAAAUGUGUUUACGUAUAUUAGCAAAUGUAUGCUUAAUUUUAUUGCUCUUUUUAACCAAUUAAAGCAAAUGGUAUAAAAUGGUAUUUUUUCUUUUAGUGGACUACGGCAUUACGUUAUUGAAUUACAGGGUUUUUAAAUAAGAAUAAACCAUUCUGUGUUAAUUCCAAUGUAAUAUGUUUACCGAUAUCUUAAAACUGAAUGUCAUAUUGCUUUUUCCAUAUUUCAUUAGAAAUGUCAGGCAUGUGCCUGAAAUUGUGUAGGAGUAAGGAGUAGCUAGAGGAUAACUGUAAUCAUAAAUUAUUAGCCAUUUCUAUGUACACGGUAUAAAUACACAUUAAUUUUCUUUUCAUUUUUGUACUUGAUUUUUUUAAGUACGAUGUAAUUAAAUGUACUUUGAUACUUCUGAAGUAAUAAGAUGUUGUUUGGAGAUUCUGCUUUCUUUAGUGCAUUGACAAUAUUUUACAAUAAUUCAGUGCUUAUUUAUUUGUGCUCCAAUGUAAUUAUAAUAAAAGCAAUAGUUUAAAAUAUCCUGACUCUUAUUUCUGUAUGUUCUUGUCUAAUUU